GUUUAUUUUGGUGACUUUGUUCAGGUUUUACAUUUUGGCCCACUGGGUAUUUGAGUUUGACACCCCUGACCUAGGUUAUGAGGAUGAAAAGUUGCAGCGCGUGAUGGAGAGAUUGCCUUGCAGAGAUGUCCAGGCGAGCAUGCUGCUGGCGUUGAUGGGAGAGCCAGAGCAAUGCAGCUACCCUUCCAUUUUCAUUUAUGGUCAUCGUGCCACAGGAAAAAGCCAUGUGAUACACACCUUGCUGAAGGAACUGGAGCUUCCCUAUGCCACAGUGAGCUGUGUGGAAUGUGUCUCUGUAGGACUGCUGUUUGAGCAGGUUCUCCUCCCCCUCUUUGGCUCCGACUCUGCCUCCCUACUGUCCCGCAGUCCCUCCCUGUCAGACUUCGUACGAGUCUACAAACAACUGUGUGUCCAGGCCUCGGCCAAGCAGACACGAUACAUUGUGCUGGACCGGGCUGAGCUCCUUAGAGAUAUGGAAGCCAAUCUCCUCCCUGCCUUCUUGCGCCUUCAGGAACUGGUCGAGGACAAUGUGACGGUGAUCCUGCUCAGUGAGAUAGUGUGGGAUAAGUUCCGACCCAACACUGGCUGCUUUGAACCACUGCUGCUCCACUUCCCUGACUACAGUAAAGGGGAGCUGCAGCAGAUCCUGUCUGAGGACAGCCACCCAUCCUACUCCCCAGAGCUCUACUCAGCCUUCAUCAACAUUCUACUGGGAGUCUUCUACUCUGUCUGCAGGGACCUCCGAGAGCUCAGACACCUGGCUGCCCUCAAUUUCUCUAAAUUCAUUGAACCUUUGGAGCAAGGCAAAGUGAAAGAGAGUGACACUCACAAACUGUGGAGGAACAUCGAGCCUCAUCUGAAGAAGGCCAUGCAGACGGUGUACCUGCGAGAGGUGUCCAGUGUGCAGUGGGAGCAACAGCUGCAGAUGGAGGAGAAGGAGGCAGGAGCUGUGAGAGGUCUGUCUGCUCAUGCCCAUGUGGAGUUGCCUUACUACUCCAAGUUCCUGCUGAUAGCUGCAUACCUGGCCUCCUACAACCCUGCUCGCACUGACAAACGCUUCUUCCUCAAGAUCUCCUCCCUGGGGACCCUUCAGCUGUUGAAUCAGGUGGGCCACGAUGACCAGCUGGAUGCGCCCAAGUACAAAUGUGCCGUCUCUCUGGACUUCAUCCUCGCCAUCUCCAGGACUGUGAGCUUUGACAUGGUAAAGUACCUGUAUGACUUCCUCUAGCCGUGGUGGUUUAAGGGAGAGGAAUUCAGCUAGACUCUGAUGGAAUGGAAUGUACUGGUGGACAUUGGACAAACAUGAGCAGAAAGGUGGGAGAUGCCUUGGUUGUCUGGACUCCUCACUGUGUGUGCACUGUGCAGGACCAGAGGACUAUGGAAUCAUUAGGCCUAUGCUUUACUGCCCCCUGAUGACUGACUGGAACCACUGUCAGACACCAGCAUCUGCAGCAUUGUGAAUGUUCUGUGUUGUGAAUGUGCCUAUUGAUUCCCUAGCUACACCUGUUUGAUUGUGGUAAACAAACAAUGGAGAACAUUCAUAUUUUACUGGAUUCACAGGAGCCCUUUGGAUACCUUGGGGUUGUGGUGGACUUUAAUAUUAUUUUUCAAUUAAAUGUCCCUGUUAACAAAGGUUU